GAUCGAUAGCAGCUGUCCAUCGCUCGCCGUGCAGCCAUGCCAUGCCGACGCUGGAGAUCCAGUUGUAUUUUUCCUCAAAUCGUCCUUCUGCAUUGUGGACGUUACUAUUCGCCCGUCACGACACCUACACAGAGCACACCCCAGUACCGCGUAUCACUUGUCUCUGCUGUUCCAGCAAUCCUCCACCCUUUCUCCUACUCGGCAGCGUUUCCCAGAGCGAGCGUCACGCAGUAACCGAACGACCGGCCAACCUGAAAGGAUGAACACAGCUUGGGCCGAAUAUGCGGUGUUCGCGAUCCUCAUGGUGGCCAACUUUUCCCUGGGCCUGUACUUCUCCUUUCGAAGGCAAAGCCUCAAGUCGACCGCCGACGAGGUGUUCCUGGGAAGCCGGUCGCUGCACUCGGUGCCGCUUGCGGUGUCAGCACUCGCUUCCAUAAUGUCGUCCGUUGGUAUUGUAGGCGUUUCGGCACACGUGUACGCCUACGGCACGCACAUGUUCUGGAAUCAAGUGUUGGCUCCCAUCAACGCGCUCAUCGCGGCUCACGUCGUGGUGCCCGUCCUCUAUCGUCUCAGGGUCACCUCCGUGUUCGAGUACCUUAGGAUGCGCUAUGGGGACAAAGUUGGACUUACCUCAUGUGUGCUGUACUUCUUUUUAAGCCAAACAAUGGGCGCCGUGGCAAUAUUCCCGGCGGCGGCGGCGGUUGCCACAAUCUUCGGAGUCUCGGCGACCUGGUGCAGCUUUACGAUCGGUGUAGCAGGCUGCAUUUACACAGCUCUGGGUGGCCUGAGGGGUGUUGUAUGGACCGACUGUGCGCAGGCCGGCAUAGUGCUACUGGCUCCAGCAACUAUUAUGAUUAAGAUUGCUUACGACGCUCAUAUGAAACACUUGAACCUACGUCCAUUCAGUGACUUUCCUGUCAAAACCUUCAUGUUUGAAGACAGCUUUGAUUUCACGAAGGAUGAAAAUGUCUGGGCAUGCCUUAUAGGUCUGUCAUCCAUGUACGUCUACAGGGGAAUGGCUGAUCAAAUGAUAGUGCAGAGAUUUCUGGCUUCCAGAAACCUCAAGGAAGCACAAAGGACGGCCGUUGUUGGAACAAUUCUCGUGCUCAUAUACUACGCGGUUGCUUCAAGUCUCGGCGUGGCCCUCAUCUACUGGUUUCGUGAUUGUGAUCCAAUGCUGACUGGCGCCAUCACAUCGUACGAUCAGAUUGUUCCCUAUUAUGUGAAGAAAAACCUCAACGAAUUUCCCUGCUUCUCAGGAUUGUUUCUAGCUGGCGUAGUAAGCGCUGCAACAAGCACGAUUUCAUCACUGAUCAACUCUCAAGCGGCGAUCAUUUACGUCGAUAUUGUGGCACGGUACUUUCAUGUGAGCGAAAAGCGCUCAGCUGCUGUCACAAAAGUAAUAGCUCUCGUUGUUGGUGCAAUUAUGACAGCGUAUAGUAUAGCGGCACCUCACCUGGGCUCAGCCGCGAAGAUAAUUAUGGUGUUGUACAACAGCGCUACAGGACCUUUUGUCGGCCUAUUUUUUAUGGCAUUGGUCUUCCCAUGGGCGAAUGGCUUUGGCGCCGCAGUUGCGACAACGCUGCUGAGUGCCCUGACAUUAUGGCAAGCAAUUGGGAAAACAUUCAGCGGCGUCCGGUUUCCCAAGAUGCCGGUCACGACUGAACUUUGUCCAGCGAACAUGACUUUUUCUGGUGUCCCUGAGGAAAGCAGUGUAAACGUCGACGAUCUGUUUCCCCUCUACAAAUUUUCAUCGUAUUGGAGUGGGUUUCUUAGCGCUGGUCUUACAAUUCUACUUGGCUUGGCGCUGAGCCUAUUAACAGGUGGACGCAAGCAGUACAUCCAGAACAUACCGUUAACAUCAAGCUUGCUUCUCACUCUGUGGCGGAAGCUUGGAUUGGUCAGCAAGAGUGAGCCGGUAUGUCAAACAACAACUUCAUUAAUGGAAAACGCUGCCUACAACGUACCACCAGAAGAAGAUUCUGCGACGACUGUUUAACGUUGCCUAUCCACUGCCUGCAGUCCUUCUAUAAGAACCUGCAUGUGCCAUCAUCAUCAACAAACAAAACAAAAAGAAAGUGGAAUAAAGAUAAAGAAACC